UGUCUAGGGACAGCAAAGACCCCGACCGAGCAAGCUGCGGAGGCUACUUGCUCUGGCAUUCCCUCAGCGUUUCGUCAGAGCCAGACCCGCCCGCGGCUGAAGGGAGGCGUGCUCGCCCCCGGAGCCGGCUGCAGGCGAGCUGCGAGCAGAGCUUCCCGGGAAGGAGGUCCCCGCUCGUCGCUGUGCGCCUGGUACUCCCGGUUCGCGAGGUAAACACUCCGGCUUGGUGUGGAAUUAAAAUCAGUGAUUGAACCUUGCCCUGGGGCCUCAGCUCGGACUCCAAGCUGCAGAGCAGCCACCCGAUGCCCACUGGAGCAGGCAGCAGCAUGCAGCCUCUGCUAAGCUGGCGCGGACGCGCCCUGGUGGCCUUGAUCCUCGCCUGCGGCGUGGCGGGGGUCCAGGGAGAAGAGAGGGGAUUCCCGCCGGCCGGGGCCACUCUGCCACUUCUGGGGCCCGGAGACAUAACGACGCCCCCCACUGAGGUUUCCUGGCCCAAGGGUUACAACGCCAGCGUGCAAUGGUCUUCUGCGCCGCCGCAGAUGCCUAAAGCAGGGAGAACACCUGGAGCCCCGCCACGCACCUUCUCCCCUCCCCCCUGCGAAAAAUCCACCGAGAUCAAGGAGACUUUCAAGUAUAUCAACACGGUGGUGUCCUGUCUGGUGUUCGUGCUGGGCAUCAUCGGAAACUCCACACUGCUGAGAAUCAUUUACAAGAACAAGUGCAUGCGAAACGGCCCUAAUAUCUUGAUAGCCAGCCUGGCUCUGGGAGACCUGCUGCACAUCAUCAUUGACAUCCCCAUCACUGUCUACAAGCUGCUUGCUGAGGACUGGCCCUUUGGAGUUGAGAUGUGUAAGCUGGUGCCUUUCAUACAGAAGGCCUCCGUGGGCAUCACUGUGUUGAGUCUAUGUGCCCUAAGUAUUGACAGAUAUCGAGCCGUUGCCUCUUGGAGUCGAAUUAAAGGAAUCGGGGUUCCGAAAUGGACAGCAGUAGAAAUUGUUUUAAUUUGGGUGGUCUCCGUGGUUCUGGCUGUCCCUGAAGCUGUGGGUUUUGAUAUGAUAACAUUUGACUACAAAGGACGUUACCUGCGAAUCUGCUUGCUUCCUCCUACUCAGAAAACAGCCUUCAUGCAGUUUUACAAGACACAUAAAGAUUGGUGGCUAUUUAGUUUCUAUUUCUGCUUGCCAUUGGCCAUCACUGCCUUUUUUUAUACCCUGAUGACCUGUGAAAUGUUGAGAAAGAAGAGUGGCAUGCAGAUUGCUCUAAAUGACCACCUAAAGCAGAGACGGGAAGUGGCCAAAACAGUCUUUUGCCUGGUCCUUGUCUUUGCUCUAUGCUGGCUUCCCCUUCACCUCAGCAGGAUCUUGAAGCUCACUCUUUACGAUCAGAAUGAUCCUAAUAGAUGUGAACUUUUGAGCUUUUUGUUGGUGUUGGACUACAUCGGCAUUAACAUGGCUUCCCUGAAUUCCUGCAUUAAUCCUAUAGCUCUAUAUUUGGUGAGCAAAAGAUUCAAAAACUGCUUUAAGUCAUGCUUAUGCUGCUGGUGCCAGUCAUUUGAAGAAAAACAGUCCUUGGAGGAAAAGCAGUCGUGCUUGAAGUUCAAAGCUAAUGAUCACGGAUAUGACAACUUCCGUUCCAGUAAUAAAUACAGCUCAUCUUAAAAGAAGGCAUAUUCACUUAAUGCCAUGUUCUCUAUUCUGGACAGAAGUCAUUAAAACAAUGAGGCAUUUGCCAAAACAAAACAACUGUGUGCUUGCACAAAACAAUGUAAGAAUGUAAGAGUGAUUCUUCUCAACACUCACAGUGACACAUGACAUUCUGUGAGCUGUUUACAUCAGGAGAAGAUGAGCAGUGAGAAUUAAGAAAGCCUCAGCGUGAAAGCACUUCCUGUUUUACAAUCAGCACUUCAGCGCAGCUCCUGAUAGCUUCCGGUAUACUCGUGCCCCACUUCCGUUUAAGCUGAGCUCACUCUGAAUUCCUAUUAAAGAAGUUUAUUUUUUAAAUUAAUGUGAAUCUGAUAGAAAGGAAAAUGGUGUCACUGUAAAAUGGAAUUUUUAAAUAAAGUUUAAAUGACUCAAUUUAAAAUUUAAAAAUAAAAGCCUUCGAAAGAACUUUUUUAUUCAUGGUGUCACACCGUUGGUUGGACAAUGUAAAAGCAGUUUAGCUAGUGUAUUUUUGUGACAUUAGAAACCUUUUUGGAGGAUCAGGAGGUAGUAUCAGAAAGAGAGAUUGAGGUUUUUGAAAAUCGUUAACCUUUCUACGUUCAGAUAAGAUCAGAUGUCACAAAGGGAAAGAGAGAGGAGCUUUGGAAUGCUAUCCCCAAAGACUGCUUUGAAAUCUCCCAUUCAUGUACUCUGCAGAGAAAAUGUUACCUACAAUUUGGGGGGAUUAUUAAAACAUUCUUCCUUCUUUCACUAUUGUAGUUCAAACACUAUUUGUUUAGUUUUGUCAUCUGUAAAUACUUAGCUACAAUAUACGACAUGCAGAUGAUUAAACAAAGGGCUGGCCCCAGCGUUCAUACCUUUACGGUGGAGAAAUGCCAGCAAUGCCAUCAUGGACAGGAUGCGUGGUGCCUGGAGCCGUGUCCACAAGGCCCCGGAGAAAGCAGCAUCCUCUCCCACAGGCAGGGGUUAAAAUGGUCUCUGGCAUAGGUCUAAUAUGAUAAUGACAAUACUAUUUUUUAAAAUCACACAGAUUAAUCCAUUUAACAGCUACCUGUAAAGCUUAUUACUAAUUUUUGUCUUGUUUUUGUAAAUAACUACUAGAAAACAGUUCUCGACGUGGUGCUUUUUUGUCACAUACAGGCAAAACUGCUUUUUGGGACUGUAAGAGCUCUUUGUGUAUUACUGCCUCAUUCUUUCAUCUCCCCAGCAAAGUGCCUUAGGUUAACUUGGGAUGAUAUGUGUGUGAAAAUAUGUCCAAGAGAGAACGGAAGGGAGAGGAAAUGAGGUGGGGUGGGAGGAAACCCAUGGGGAUAGAUUCCCAUUCUUAGCCUGACGUUCGUCAUUGCCCCGUCACAUCAAUGCAAAAGGUCCUGAUUCUGUUCCAGCAAAACACAGCGCAAUGUUCUCAGGGUGACUUCAGGAAUAAAUUGGGCCCAAGAGCUUUAGCUCCGUCUUAAAAUAUAACAGAGUUUCUUUUUUUUUUUCUCUUAGUAACCCUGGGCCACAUGUUGGAAAUGAGCUAGCAGUGUGGUUCUCUGUCAGCACCUAAUGUGAUAAUACAGUAAACCAAAACCCAACAAUGUGGCCAAAAAGAAAGGACAAUAAUUAAUUCACAUGCCACAUGGAUUCUAUUUACAGAUCACUCACGGUCUUGUUGAUUAUUUCCUCCCCAAUCAUUUUUUCAGAUGCUUGUCAACACAAAAGACAUUUCAAACUUUGGAUUUUAAAUUCACUUUGGGUGACUAAUAUCUUCCCAGUUCAUUAAUAUACUUUUUGUUCUUAAGUUUUAGCUCCUUUUUAUUAACCUUGUACUGAGUUUUGGUUCUUCUUCCUCAUUUACAUCCCAGCACCCUUUCCUUCUCCAUAUCAGACCGUGGUCUGUAAUCACAUCUUGCCAAGUUUUGAAACUGCACACGAAGAGUAUAUACAUGUACUAUUUAUAAUGAAAUUGCAUUCAGUAACUUUUCUAAAAAUUUUUGAUUUCAAAACAUUAACAGACUGAUAAAAAUUGGUAAGAAACAAACAUGAUCUCUUGACAUAAAACCGAUAUGGCCAAAGGAAUACUGUUUAUAGCAAAACAUGGGUAUGCUGUAGUGAAAUUUAUAAAAUUGUAAUAUAAGCAUGUAAAAUAAUUAUAUAUUUUGUUUUCCUGUGGUCACUUAAAGUGGCAACUACUGUAGUUGCUGAUUCCUUAUUAUGUAAACAAAAUCAAUAAAAAUUUAAAUUGUUUAAAAAAAAAG